CGCUGAGCCAACCACAACUGGCUUCACCGCAGCUCCCACUGAAGUUGUGCUUCUCAAAGCAACCUUGGAAGAAGAGUUUGUACCAGAACUCAAUGAUCCAGACAGUGAACAAUACAGAGAGCUUGAAGAACAAGUGGUAGAAACGUGUGACUUCAUCUUCAGUCAAAGCUUUGAGUCUACGUUCAUCCGCACUAUUGUCUUGGAAUUUAGGUCAAACAUGGGAAACGUGGAGGUGGAGGUGGAGCUCGAGUUCAACACCACGGUAUCACCGACCCCAGAGGCUGAUUUGGUUGUAACCACCUUGAAAAGAGCUGUGAAUGACUCCAACAACCCCUUCAACCUCACUAUUGAUCCUAACUCCAUUGAAGUCACGGUACCAACAACUGCUGAGCCGACAACAACCGCUGAGCCAACCACAACUGGCUUCACCGCAGCUCCCACUGAAGUUGUGCUUCUCAAAGCAACCUUGGAAGAAGAGUUUGUACCAGAACUCAAUGAUCCAGACAGUGAACAAUACAGAGAGCUUGAAGAACAAGUGGUAGAAACGUGUGACUUCAUCUUCAGUCAAAGCUUUGAGUCUACGUUCAUCCGCACUAUUGUCUUGGAAUUUAGGUCAAACAUGGGAAACGUGGAGGUGGAGGUGGAGCUCGAGUUCAACACCACGGCAUCACCGACCCCAGAGGCUGAUUUGGUUGUAACCACCUUGAAAAGAGCUGUGAAUGACUCCAACAACCCCUUCAACCUCACUAUUGAUCCUAACUCCAUUGAAGUCACGGUACCAACAACUGCUGAGCCGACAACAACCGCUGAGCCAACCACAACUGGCUUCACCGCAGCUCCCACUGAAGUUGUGCUUCUCAAAGCAACCUUGGAAGAAGAGUUUGUACCAGAACUCAAUGAUCCAGACAGUGAACAAUACAGAGAGCUUGAAGAACAAGUGGUAGAAACGUGUGACUUCAUCUUCAGUCAAAGCUUUGAGUCUACGUUCAUCCGCACUAUUGUCUUGGAAUUUAGGUCAAACAUGGGAAACGUGGAGGUGGAGGUGGAGCUCGAGUUCAACACCACGGCAUCACCGACCCCAGAGGCUGAUUUGGUUGUAACCACCUUGAAAAGAGCUGUGAAUGACUCCAACAACCCCUUCAACCUCACUAUUGAUCCUAACUCCAUUGAAGUCACGGUACCAACAACUGCUGAGCCGACAACAACCGCUGAGCCAACCACAACUGGCUUCACCGCAGCUCCCACUGAAGUUGUGCUUCUCAAAGCAACCUUGGAAGAAGAGUUUGUACCAGAACUCAAUGAUCCAGACAGUGAACAAUACAGAGAGCUUGAAGAACAAGUGGUAGAAACGUGUGACUUCAUCUUCAGUCAAAGCUUUGAGUCUACGUUCAUCCGCACUAUUGUCUUGGAAUUUAGGUCAAACAUGGGAAACGUGGAGGUGGAGGUGGAGCUCGAGUUCAACACCACGGCAUCACCGACCCCAGAGGCUGAUUUGGUUGUAACCACCUUGAAAAGAGCUGUGAAUGACUCCAACAACCCCUUCAACCUCACUAUUGAUCCUAACUCCAUUGAAGUCACGGUACCAACAACUGCUGAGCCGACAACAACCGCUGAGCCAACCACAACUGGCUUCACCGCAGCUCCCACUGAAGUUGUGCUUCUCAAAGCAACCUUGGAAGAAGAGUUUGUACCAGAACUCAAUGAUCCAGACAGUGAACAAUACAGAGAGCUUGAAGAACAAGUGGUAGAAACGUGUGACUUCAUCUUCAGUCAAAGCUUUGAGUCUACGUUCAUCCGCACUAUUGUCUUGGAAUUUAGGUCAAACAUGGGAAACGUGGAGGUGGAGGUGGAGCUCGAGUUCAACACCACGGCAUCACCGACCCCAGAGGCUGAUUUGGUUGUAACCACCUUGAAAAGAGCUGUGAAUGACUCCAACAACCCCUUCAACCUCACUAUUGAUCCUAACUCCAUUGAAGUCACGGUACCAACAACCGCUGAGCCGACAACAACCGCUGAGCCAACAACGACUGCUGAGCCAACAAGUACUGAUGGAUUAAUCACAGCUGGUGUGUCAAUUUCAACUGUUGGGCCAACACAUACUGGUGCAUCAACUACAACUGGUGGGUCAGCUUCAACAGCUGGGUCAACACAUACUGAUGGACCAACUACAACUGGUGGGUCAACUUCAGUGGCUGGGUCAACACAUACUGAUGGGUCAACUACAAUUGGUGGGUCAACUGCAACAGCUGGGUCACCUGCUACAACUGCUGCUGCUACAACCUCAACUACAGCAACUGCUGCAUCUUCAUUUACAACUGCUAUGACUGCUAUGGCACCCACAACUGUUGCAGCUACAACUGUUGCUGCUAUAACUGCUGCUGCUACAACUUCAACUACAGCAACUACUGCAUCUUCAUUAACUUCUCCCUUAACAGGAGGGUCAGCUACAGGGUCAACUGGUCCUUCAGUUACAACUAACGGUGUAAUAGUUACCACAGUUGCCCAGUCAAUUGUUGUUCUAGCAGCAAACUUGGAAGAACCUUUUGUGGAAGAACUAAAUAAUCCAAACAGUGUACAAUACAGAACACUUGAAACACAAGUUGUAACAGCAUGUGACAUCAUUUACAGGGCAAGAUUUGGUUUGCGUUUCAUCCGCACCAUUCUCCUAAGAUUUAGUCGUGUUGUAGCAAGGACACGAACUGAGAAGACUAGAGCAGAGGUGGGACUGGAGUUCAACCAAACAGAGGAAAUCCCACAGGAUGAUGCUGUUGUAGACACCUUAGUACAAGCUGUGAAUAACCCCAACAACACCUUCAACCUCAGUGUUGAUCCCAAGAGUGUUGAAGUUUUAGCAACUCCAAGUUCAACAACAAGUUCACCAACUACAGCCCAAAAUCCAACUGCUACAGCCACAACUGCUCCAGCUACAACUGCUGCAGCCACAACUACUGCAGCUACAACUGCUGCAGCCACAACUGCUGCAGCCACAACCACAAAUACAGCAACUACCGCAUCUCAAUUUACAACUGCUACAACUGCUGCAACGACGACUUCUGUAACAGCAGUUGCUACUACUACUACUGAACAUUUAAUAAAACGGAGGCUUACUUUCAGAUCUGCUGGAGAGACAUUUACAAAUGACUUGCUGAAUAUAUCUUCUUCAGCAUUCAUAAACCGAGCUGCUAUGACAAAGUCAGAGCUUGAACCUCUCUACAAAAAAGCAUUCCCUUCAUUCAGAUUCUUGACAGUAAUUGCAUUCAGUAGGGGAUCAAUCAUCAGCACCGUGGACCUUGAAUUUGCAUCCACAAAUGUUCCUAAUGGCACUGAGAUUGCAGAUGUUUUGGUUGGUGCAGCUUCAAACAUCACAGCCUUCAACAUUGACACCACCUCCAUUUCUGUGGAUGGCACACAAGUUUCAAGUGGAGUAAGCCACAAGAUCAGUCUCAUCACUGCAUCCUUCUUUGUGCUGCUGUCAUGGUUACUGUCCAGCCAGCAAUAGUGUCUGUGCUAACGUCCAUGUGAAAUGCCAGUAGACAGUGACUGCUAUCACUGUUGUGAAAAAUUAAUUUUGUCAUAAAAUAAUUACACUUGUGGGGAGUUGAAUUGCCA